AAUAUUUAAGAAUUUACAUUUGAAUGGAUGGAUCCACACAAGAAGAUGAGUGGGAACAAUGUAAAGAAAAUGUUCAACCUUUAAAAGGUGGUAGAAAGAUCACAGAUUUAAGAAAGGUUCUUACUGGUGAUGGAAAUGAUUACAUGAAAACAACAAUUCAGCAUUUUGAAUUUCAACUCAGAAAUGCAGAAGGUGAUUUAAAUCAGCUGGAUGUUUGGCACAGCUAUAUAACAUGGAUGGAGCAAAACUCAACACAAACAAAGGAAGUACUUCCACUAUUGCAAAGAUGUAUGAUGUUUUUUAAAAAAAAAAAGACAGUUAACGAAAACAAAAAAUAUGUCGAACUAUGGGUGAAAAUGAGUGAAGCAGUAGAUGAUCCAAACUUAAUUUUUGAAUACAUGUUUGAUCAUGACAUUGGAACAAGUCUUUCACUAUUUUACAUAUGUUGGGCUGAGCAUUUUGAGACAAUUGGAGCAAUAAAAAAGUCAGAUGAACUAUACAAUCUUGGAAUUAAUCGAAGCGCCCAGCCAUUAGAUGUGUUAAAAGAAGGAAAAAGGAUGUUUGAAAUGAGAAUGGCAAAAUCAUCAUCAAGUAAAAGUGUUGAAACAGAUAAUUCAAGAGAGGUUCUAGCUGGUUUAAAUGCAUGUAAGGGUGGAAAGGUGCCAAGCAACCGAAUUAAAAAAGAAGUCAAGAAGCAAAGUACAUCUCAAAAGAUUUCUUGCAGUGGUCCAUAUUUCCAAAUCUUUAAAGAGGAGUCAAGUUCUGAUUCUGUUUUACCAGUACCAUCGAAAGGACAGUCCAAAGUACUUCCCACUGAUCCAUCCUUGCAUAUAGAAAAUACAAAACCAGUAACAACUCUUAAAGGAACAAAGAUAAAAGCAGGAGGUUCAAGCUCCUCUGUAAGUUUUCCUAUAUAUCAAGAAGAUGUUCACAUUUCAAAUACAACACUCCAUAAACAUGUUAUAAUCGAAGAGCGCAAGCCGUUAAGUGCAAUUAAAGUUUCAAGAGGUGAACCAGAUUUUUAUAAGGAACUUCCGACAAACAGUAAAAUUGUUGAAAUGUAUUGUAAGGCUCGUAUUUAUAUGGGAAAGUUAGAGUUUUCCUUUGAGGAGUUGAAAGCCAUGACUCGGAAGUAUGCUCAGUCUGAUGAUAAGUUGGCAGAACAAUUUGAUAACAAUUCAGAUAAGUUUAAAACAAAAUUAGACUUUAGUGAUAUGAAAACAAAUAAGUUACCUUUAAAGAAUUCAUUGACACAUUGUCCUGUUAGUUCAGCAGGGCAUUCUGAAAAAGUAAAUGUAAUUGAUUUAACUAAUAAUGAGUUAAAGUCUGAAGUCAACAGUUACUUAAAAGAACUUUCUACUAUAAAAAAAAAUGGGCCUUUAACAAAAAUAGAUAAAAACAUUAAUUUGUGUCCUGAUAUAGACAUCACUGAAAACUUGGCCUCAAAAUGUCAUAAAGUUAACCAAAACAAUUUAGGCCAUCUGAUAGACUCACUUGAAAAAACUGUAUGUUUUCCAUUUCUAGACAAAGACAAAGAAAUUUUUAAGAAAAAAAAAGUUGAGCUAGCAAAUGAAGCAAAUAAAGAUCAGGAUGGUCUCAAUUAUUUAGACAGUUUAGCUCACUUGACAGACUCACUUGAAAUGACAGUAUGUUUACCAUCCAUACAAGACAAAGAUAUUUUUAAUACAAAAGAAGUCUCACCUGAAAACCCAGUAAGUGAAAAAAUUAAUGACUCAUCUAAUAUUAGUCAGAAAGUUAGUUUACAAGACGAUAAGUCUGUGUGCCCGCCUGUAUUGCAAAAAGAAACUGAAAGUACCAAAAGAAAAUCAUUUAAUGGUGUUGUUUCAGAGAAUAAAAAACUAAAAAAUGAGUUCUUAUACAGUGCAGAGAAUUCUUCAUUAAACCCGCAGGAGCCUUUAACAACUGCUGUAUUAUCUAACAAACCUUUUCACAUGGACUCUAUAUCAAAUAAUAUAUCACAGGAAUCAACUAAAACAUCAAUGAUCAGUUCUGUUCAAACUGGUAUAUUAAAUGACUCUUUUGAUCUUGAUAAACUAACCAGUUCUUUUUACGAAGAAAAAGAAUGUUGUGCAGCUGAAACUAAAAAGACAGAUAUCUGUUGUAACAAAAUACCAAAAUUAUUUGAUGAAAGUGAAAUAAAGCCUCAAUUUGCUUUACCCCAAAAUCAUGAAGCUAUUGGAACUUGUCAAGAAUCUAAAAACAGUGGGGUUAUGUUAAAUGUUGAUAAAUCUUCAUCUUCAAAAAAUGAUGUUGAACAUUUAAAGUUAUUAAGUUCUUCUGAUGAUGUUUUGUCAUAUGAAAAAUUGUUUUCAAAAACUCCAAUGAUCAAAAAAGCGUUCCAUAAAAAAGACUUUUUUCAGCUACCUGCACCAUCUCCAUCCAUCACAUUGAAUACAAAGUAUGCUAAAGAUAAUAUUCAGUCCUUGUUCAAUGAAAGUCUUGAUUUCGAUAUAGAUGCCACUGAUCACAUAAAGGAUUCAUUUUAUAAUGGUCCAAAAUCUUCAUUUUCACAUGAUUCAAGUGAUUUACAAAAUUGCAAUGAAAAAAAUGUUUCUUUAAAACAAAGUGCUAACUAUAGGCCUUUUGAUGUUUCAUCAAAGCCAGCUUUUGAGAUUUUCCCUGAUACUUCUGGUAAAUCAAAAGUUUCAUCGAAGCCAGCAUUUGAGAUUCUUCCAGAUGCCCCAGUUCAAUCUAAGACUACAUCAAAGCCAGUUUUUGAAAUUUCCUCUGAUGCUCCUGUUAACUCAAAAGCUCCAUUAAAACCAGCAUUUGAGAUUUUUUCUGAUGCUCCUGUUCAAUCAAAAGCUCCAUCGAAGCCAGCAUUUGAGAUUCUUCCAGAUGCCCCAGGUCAAUCUAAGACUAUAUCAAAGCCAGUAUUUGAAAUUUUUUCUGAUGCUCCUGUUAACUCAAAAGCUCCAUUAAAACCAGCAUUUGAGAUUUUUUCUGAUGCUCCUGUUAACUCAAAAGCUCCAUUAAAACCAGCAUUUGAGAUUUUUUCUGAUGCUCCUCUUCAAUCAAAAGUUACAUCCAAGUCAGCAUUUGAGAUUCUUCCAGAUGCCCAGGUUCAGUCAAAGACUACAUCAAAACCAGCAUUUGAGAUUUUUUCUGAUGUUCCUGUUAACUCAAAAGCCCCAUCAAAACCAGCAUUUGAGAUUUUUUCUGAUGCUUCUGUUCAAUCAAAGGUUUCUUCAAAUUCAGCAUUUGAGAUUUUUUCUGAUCCUUCUGUUCAAUCAAAAGUUUCAUUAAAGUCAGCAUUUGAGAUUUUUUCUGAUGUUCCUGUUAAUUCAAAAGCUCCAUCAAAACCAGCAUUUGAAAUUUUCUCUGAUAUUCCUGUUCAAUCAAAGUUUACAACAAAUUCAACAGAUAUCAACUUAAGUAAAACAUUCGGAAUCUCAGCACAAUCGAAAGAUAUCCCAUUACAUAAUAAAAAUACUUCUUUGGCACAUCUCACCUUGUUUGAUUCCAAAGAGAAAAAAAAUUUAGUUUUUGAUAAUUGCAAGCCAUUUGAAGUUAAAGUUGUUAGUGAACAUAAUAAAAAUUGUUUAGAUGCACCAGCUCAUCAUAACAAUACACAAGAUAAUUUUAAAAAACCCUUAUCUAUAGAUGAAAAGUUUUGUUACCAAAUGGAAAAUAACCAAGAAAAAGUAGAUAAAACUACUCUUAACACUUUCCAAUUACUUUCAAACACUUGUAAUACAAGUGAGUUCAACAGUUUCAAAGAAGAUACAACACAAAUAAAACAAAUACCAAGAUAUUCAUCCACACCUUUCAAUGGAACUCAAAAUAAAUUUAUAUCUUUUGACUGCAGUAAAUUUCAGUUUGAUGGACAUACUGAAAAUAUUGCAUUUGACUACACAAAAAAUGAAAAUAAAGCAGAACUUUCAAUAAUUAGUGAGCGUAGUAAAGAAGACACUGGUGGAUCAGAUGAUUCAGGAUCAAAAACGUCGUUAUUUAAUAAUGAGACUGGUUAUCAAUAUAUAGAAGCUUUUAAAAAAGAUUUUUUAGAAGCAAGUUUAAAGGCUGCAAUGGGAUACAUAACUCAAUCGGUUAGUUUUUUGAAUAUAAAUGGAAAGCUACCAAAGCUACAGGGAACAGAAAUGGAAUUGAAUUUAGGUCCAAGAAAAGUUCGAAUUAGAAAAUCAAUUAAAAAAAACCAGAAUACAGCAUCUUACAAAGGUGUUAAUGUUUUUUCUAAACAAAUACUGCUCAAGAUUUCAACAGGAGAUGGUUUUAAAAUGUUAUGGGAUUUUUACAUCAGCAUUUUAAUCCAAGAACGAAUCAAUUUAGCUAAAAAAGAAUUAUCAGCAAAACAAAAUUUUAUUCAACAUUAUUUUGGAUUAAAAUAUUAUGAUGCUGUUUGUAUUGAAUCUCCUUUUUAUAGCGAAGGAACAUUAAAAGAUUUACUGGAUUUAUAUCAACGCCAUAAUCAAACUAUUGAUGAGGUCUUAAUCAUGUUGUAUGCUUAUGAAAUUCUUAGAAUUCUACAAGUUCUUCAUCGUAUCAACAUCAUUCAUACUAACAUUUGUCUUAAAAAUUUUAUUAUAGGAGACUGUAAUACUGGGGAUAAUGUGAGCCCUAUUGAUCUUCGAUGCUUGAUAUUAAAAGGAUUUUAUGAAAGUAUAGAUCUUAAUAACUUUUGCGAUGAUGUCAUGUUUGUUGGUUCUCGUGGAAAUGAAGAGUAUGAAUGUCCAGAGAUGUUUCAUGGGAGUCCAUGGAAGUUUCAGGUAGAUUACUUUGCCGCUGCUUCUUCAAUACAUUUUCUUAUUUUUCAAACAAAUAUGAAUACUUAUAUGGAUCCGAAUACUAAAAAGCUUACCAUUUGCAAAUCUUUCAAAGCAUCUUGGAAUGAUAAAAUUUGGACGAAAUUUUUUUCCGUUUUAAUAAAUUUCCCUUCUCAGUCGUCAUUUUUAUCUGAUUUAAUUUUUAGUUUAGCUGAUGAACUCUCUCAAAGAAGUGAUGAACUUAAAAUUGCACUUUCCCGUAAAAAUGACUUAAUUAUGGAAGAUGAAUAAAUUAAUCCGAGAUACUGUGUACAUAUAUAAAAAAUGUUAAUAUAGUCAAACUUUUUUUUAA